AUGCGUUUACAUGCAUAUGACUCAUCCAAGGCUUAUAAAGAUAAGAUUAAGUUUUAUCAUGACAGGAAGCUGGUGAAUAAAGUCUUUAAUCCAGGGCAGCAAGUGUUAUUAUUCAACUCAAGAUUGAAGCUAUUUCCUGGGAAGUUGAAGACAAAAUGGUCAAGACCAUUCGUAGUAAAAGGAGUGCAUCCACAUGGAGCAAUUGAACUACUUGAUCCAACUGCUGAUGAUCCACAGAAAAGUUGGGUGGUGAAUGAUCAACGUCUCAAGCCUUAUCUAGGACGAGAAGUGCAACGCUUGUCCACAAUGAUGCAGUUGGUUGAUCCUUGA